AUGCCGACGCCCACCGCCUGCUCGCUCCCAGACCUCCCGCGGGAAGUCCUGAGCGUCAUUGCGCUGGCCAUCUAUGACCCUUUGGAAUUGUCCCAGCAAGACAGGCUGACAUGGGGUAUCUUUUCGACGGUGGACAUGCACGAGGAAAGGCAGGAGAGUCUGCGAAGCUUGAUCCACCUCGGCUUGACGUGUCGCAAGAUACGCCGGGAGGUCAAGCCGCUUUUGUUUACCUGCGUGAGGGUGGGCACUGUGGAAUGUGCGAAGGAGAUGAUUGAAAACUAUGCGACGUGGGGGGUGUACGUGAGGAGUAUCAUCAUCGACUGUUCGAUGUUUGAGGCCCAGCAGAGCCACGAAGACUUUUAUCCAGACCUGGAAGAGGCCCCCGUCAACCCUCGAACUUGCUGGGAAGAGUCGGCUCUGCUGGUAUCACUCUUGACCGCCCUGCCCAAUCUCGAGCACAUCUCCUUCUUCGCCGAUGCCUCCGACGACACCACCCUCUCUCUCAUGUUUGCCGCCCUCAUCCCCUCCGCCCGUCCCAGUGCCAGUGGCGCCAAUUCAUUCUCAUGGCAAUCCCUCGAGGAUACAGACUCUACCGGCCAUGUCCCCUUUGCACAACGUAUCAAGUCGUUCGGCUGGCGCCAACGCGCCUCCCCUCCCCAGUUCUUCCAUCAGUUCUCCCAGACAUCCACGUUCAUCUGCAUCUACCACUUUAUCCGGCACGCUGUCAACUUGUCGUUUCUCGUGCUAGACACCAACACGUAUGUCACUGCCAGUUCCGACAUUCUCGCGGUGUUGCGCGAGCUUGCGGCGAGGGAAGUGCCAGCAGGUGGGAGGAAACGGUUGAGCUUGAUGUUAUGUGGGCCUAUAGACGGGUGGGAGGCGGAUUUCCUGCAUAAUCUUGGGGAUACGUAUGAUGACAUCGGAGAGCUCUUCAUCGAUCGGCCUAUGGAAGGCUCCAUGAUCCCAGUCAGCGGCGAAGAAGACGUCGGCUUGCUCCUCGACCUAAUCCAACCCCUCACAAGCUUACACCACCUCCACCUCCUCCAAGUCGGGUCCUACGCAUUCGACACCCCAGCCCGUCUACGCUUCGCCACCGUGCUCUCUGUCAACCUGCCCUCCUUGCGGGUGAUGGGGCUUUUAGGGUCGGAUGGGGAGACGUUGUGGAUGGUGGCGUGGAGGGAGAAGGGGUUGGAGCGGGCGAUGAAGGCUGCGGCUGCCGCUGCUGGGGGUGGGGGAGGGGGGUUGGAACAGGGGAUGCCGUUGAGGGAUUCGUGGGUGAUGGCUUUGCAAGAUGGGGACCUCGCGGAGGUGGAUCAAUGGCCCGAUACCUGA